AGCUGUUCAGAUCAAGUAGCGGGCCCAGCUCCCCAUGAAGGCUCAGCAGAAGCAAAUUCUGGUGAACAGCCUCUUGGCAUAUGGAGCCUUCGGCUUGGUGCAGGUGGCCUAUCGCAUUGUGGCUGGGUGGACACGUUCGCUUCGAAUCCGCAGAAUGCUGAAAGAUACGCCCGCUGGCCAUGGGAACGAGGGCCCUAUGGAGUGGCUGAAAAGCAUGAGGGCAAACUUCCAUCGGAUUCAUGAUUGGAGAGUUGACAUUUGCAAAGGACUCACUGUGGCGAAGAACACGGGUUUUCGCUGGAGUACCGAGGGACAUUCAGUCUAUGUGAAUGAUCCCAACUGUAUCCGUCACUUCCUGAAGGACGAGUUCCAGAAAUAUUCCAAGCCCGAUGCUACCGAUCCGUUCUGGCGUUACCUCAUCCAAUUCUUAGGCAAAGGGAUUUUUGCGGCACCUCAUGGCGUUGGAUCGCCUGACGGAGGCCAAAGCUGGUCGCGCAUGCGCAAGACCUCAGCGCAGAUCUUCAAUCGAAAGAACUUCAACACCUUGAUGCAGGAGGUCUUUGUAAGCAAGGCUGAAGCCUUGCAAAAGUGGCUGGAAAGCUUCCCCGAGAAUGAGCCCGUCGACAUCCAACUUGGCUUCUUCAACUUUACCAUGGACAGCAUCAUGAAGAUUUUCUUCGGCGAGGAGGUGGACACGCAAGCGGGGCAGCAAAACAAAUACGGCCAGGCGUUUGAUGUAGCGCAUGGCGCCUUGUUUCUUCACGCUAGAGCGGUGAUACCCUUCAACAUGUUUGCAGGCCUUCUUCUCCCAUGGCCAUUUAAUGGCAUGGUGAAAACCCUUCAUGACUACUUGUCGCCGCAGUAUCGGACCUUCAGAAGGGCAGUGCGGGUGCUAGAUGAAGAGGCAGACCGCCUCGUGAAGAAGUGCCGUGAUGAUCCCAGGUUGUUGCAGAGGCGUGACUUGCUGGCGCUGUUUCUGCAGACAGAGAAGGAAAACAACUAUUCCACCACAUUCCUGAAGGAAAUGGUGUUGAAUCUGGUCAUUGCAGGUCGAGAUACGACUGCUUGUGCAUUGUCCUGGAUAUUUUUGGAGCUUGCUCGGAACCCUGAAGUACAGGACCGGCUGCGUGCUGAAAUUAAAGAGAAGCUCCCGCCAGGGGCGGCGCUCGAUAUGCAGAGCCUGGCGCACAACAAGCUGCCAUAUCUACACGGCGUCCUGUACGAGGCCUUACGCCUGUGGCCGCCGGUGCCAAUGGACCCCAAGAAGGCCUAUGCAGACGACAUCUUUCCCGACGGGACCAAAAUUCCCAAGGGCGUCACCGUGGUUUUCGCGCCCUACAUCCUGGGUCGGGACCCGGCGAGAUAUCCCGAGCCCUUGACCUUCCGCCCGGAGCGAUGGAUUCCCUUCUCGGCGCCCUCCCCCUAUGAUUUCCCGGUAUUCCAGGCUGGACCCAGGAUCUGCCUGGGCCUUGACAUGGCCAUCUUCGAGGCCAAGGUGGCCACGGUGCAACUGAUCCGACACCUCCGCUUCGCGCUGGCACCGGGCCAAGACCUGAGCUACGGGCACAAGGCCACCAUGAACGUGCGCAACGGGACGAAGGAUGAGCUGCUGGUCUGCGUGAAGUGCGCAUCGCUUUAGAAAAAUUAUCAAACCAUAUGGGC